AAUACCCUUCAUUGUUAGCGUGUGUACUCCACAUCCUCCAUUAGUUACCCCUUCCUCAAGCACACGUUCACCCUUUUUUUCAUGGCAUCAGAUCACUCGUCCGUCAACCAACCCAAAUUUGUCUAUCCAAACAAUGAACUUGAGCAACAAGAAGCCCUAGAGGUCGAAACCAAGGACUUUGACUACUCAAAGAGAUCUCAAUGGCUACGUGCUGCUGUUUUAGGUGCCAAUGACGGGUUGGUCUCAACAGCAUCACUAAUGAUGGGUGUGGGAGCAGUGAAGCAAGACAUCAAAGUCAUGAUCCUAACAGGUUUUGCAGGGCUAGUUGCUGGGGCAUGCAGCAUGGCCAUUGGGGAGUUUGUGUCGGUUUACUCGCAGCUGGACAUAGAAGUUGCUCAAAUGAAAAGAGAGAAAGAAAGGGACAACAUAGAUCAAGAGGAAGAUGGUUAUGAGAAAGAGAAAUUGCCAAACCCUAUACAUGCUGCAGCAGCAUCAGCUCUUGCAUUUUCAGUUGGUGCAUUGGUGCCUCUCCUUGCAGCCUCUUUUAUAAGGGACUAUAAGGUGAGGCUUGGUGUGAUUUUGGGAGCAGUGAGUUUAGCUCUUGUGGUGUUUGGUUGGUUGGGGGCAGUGUUGGGUAAGGCUCCAACAUUUAGGUCUUGUGUGAGAGUCUUGCUUGGGGGGUGGCUAGCCAUGGCUAUUACUUUUGGGCUAACCAAGUUGAUUGGGUCAAGUGGUCUUUAGCUUGAUUAUGAUCCAUAUAUAUAUAUAUGUGUGUGUGCACGCUUUUAUAUAUCAUUUAGGUCUUGUGAAAGAGAGUUUUGCUAACUAUGUCAAUUAAGUAUAUUCUAUGUAUGUGCUUUUAUCAUUUCUCUCUCUCUUUACAGAGUCCCCUCAUUUUGCUUUCACAAUAAAUGGUGAGGUGAGACGUGAAUAGAAGAAAGUUGGCUUGGUAAUAAGCUAGCAUUAAAUGAGGUCUAUUUGAACCUUUUAUACAUGUAUUGUUAUUUUAUGUAUGAAAAUACCAAGAGCUUAUGGAUGA